GUGUUGCUGGAGGUCAGGGACUUGAGGAGAACUCGAGCUCGGUAAUCUGUGACCAAAAUCCGGUGUUUUCACUUGGAAAACGCUUUAAAGAUUCAACAUACGCACUAACAGAACAACGUCUGUUGCUGGUGGUGAAUUCAGCAGCUCGUCGUUGAUCAGUUUGUCUUGGAUUUUGAGUUUUGCGACAUAGCUAGCGUUUCGCUAACGUUAGCCAGGUCGGCUCGGCUAGCAGCACCCCACCUGGCUCCGGUUUUCGCCAGGUGACCCCUCGAAUCUUUUACAGCCAUGGACAACAACUCACAAGGAUCGGGAGGAGUCAAAGCAGGUCUCGGGAGUCUCUUUGGAGGAGGUGCACCUGAAUACUCCAACACAGAGCUCGCCGGUGUUCCCUUGACGGGAAUGAGUCCUCUGUCCCCGUACCUCAAUGUUGACCCUCGUUACCUGGUUCAGGACACAGAUGAGUUCAUUCUACCCACAGGCGCCAGUAAAACAAGAGGGAGGUUCGAGCUGGCUUUCUUUACCAUUGGAGGAUCCUGCAUGACUGGAGCAACAUUUGGAGCUCUAAAUGGUCUCAGGAUGGGUCUGAAGGAGACUAGAGACAUGGCAUGGUCCAAACCUCGUAAUGUACAGGUUAUCAACAUGGUGACCAGACAGGGUGCUUCAUGGGCCAACUCUCUGGGCUCUGUUGCCUUGUUAUAUAGUGUUUUUGGUGUGGCGAUAGAGAAGGCCAGAGGAGCUGAAGAUGACAUCAACACAGUGGCUGCUGGGACGCUAACUGGGAUGCUCUUUAAGUCAGGCAGUGGCAUAAAGGGUGUAGCUCGAGGAGGUCUGGUCGGUUUAGCCUUGUCUGGUGCCUACGCUCUCUACAACAACUGGGACCACAUCAGCGGCUCCUCGUCAUCCUCCAGGCUGUACUAAACCCCCCCCACACACCCACACAUCUGCUUCCACAUUAGGGCCAAAUAUCUCUCCAGGACACAGCCUUUAACCACAGCGCUAAGAGGAAUUAGACUCUGGUCAAAUGCAGUGUGCCUUUCAGGGAAGUGUGAGUUUGUUCCAGAUCGCUGGUUCACCCCCCUCCCCGAUAGCCACUUUUCCUUUUCAGGAGCAUUCUGGGUAUUAAACGUGUUUGAAAAAGAUGUGAAAAUGCGGACUAAACUCUAAACUCUACUGGAAUUACCGUCCUAUAACACCCCUCUUUUCAUGUGUGAUUAUCCUCUGAGGUAUUCAUAAGAAAACCCGGUGAGGAUGUUACACAGAGGUGUGCCAUUUGUUUUAUCUGAUGCUAGUUUUGAACCCAUGAAAUUUGGGUUAAAUGAGCCAAUUUGUAUGGUGACGUCUGAUGUGUGUGGUUCACCAGAUGAAUGACAGUUGAUUCGUGUACUGAUUUUGGACCGAAAGACUCUUCUGUUGUAGAAGAGCAGAGGGAUUUUCACCCACGACCUACGAACACAGAGCUAAGCCUUACGGUCAGUUCUGCUCUUGUAUUUAUUGAAGCGUAUCUGCAGUACUUUCUGUUUCACUGUGCAAGAAGAAAUCACUGCAGCUGUACUGUAAGUGCGUGCUGUUUAUGUCUCCUUACACCCGCUGUGUUAAA